GGGAGCACUUUUUGCAGAUCGGCAGCCUUUUCUGCGUCCUGGCAGCUCUAUUGAAUAAUGCCCGAGGUCAAUGGAACAGCCAUGAAACGCUGAUAAAAUGCGGCUGGACCUGGUUCGAUGGAUUGAGAUCCACUGAGUUCCGAUGCACUACUACUAUGCGUUUUUGUCCCUCGUUGGGCUGUCUCUAUUCCACUCCGUAUCGUCUCAAUUUUCUCCUGGCUUCCCCUAUGGUUCUCAGAAGGUGCGAGGCGUCAAUCUUGGAGGUUGGCUCGUACUCGAACCAUGGAUCACGCCUAGCAUAUUCGACAACACAGGAAAUCCGAAUAUCGUCGAUGAAUGGACAUUAGGACAAUACUAUGAUCGCGCUACCGCAACAAGCGUACUACAGAACCACUGGAACACCUGGAUCACGCAGAAUGAUUUUGCAAAUAUCGCAGCUGCCGGAUUGAACCAUGUAAGGCUACCUAUCGGGUACUGGGCCUUUGAUGUUGGCCCUGGUGAGCCAUACAUACAAGGCCAGUUGCCUUACCUUCAGAACGCUGCACAAUGGGCCAGCCAAUACGGACUCAAGUUGAUCGUCGAUCUUCAUGGCGUCCCCGGAAGCCAAAACGGGUACGACAAUUCUGGACACAGAAUGUCAGCUCCUACAUGGCAGUCAAAUCAGACGAAUAUUGCCCGGACAGAUGCAAUCAUCAAGCAGAUUGCUUCGAUGUUUGCUGGUCAGCCCAAUGUCGUUCCUAUCAUUGCGCCCAUCAACGAGCCAGCUGGGUAUUACGGAUCAUCUGUUUUAACACCUUUGAGACAAUAUUACUACGAUUCUUACGGAAACAUCAGGUAUCCAUACGGCACAUCGACGCAGAGCGAUACUGUCGUUCUACUUCAUGAUGCUUUCCAGCCUCUGAGUUAUUGGAGUGGAUUUCAGACCACACCCAACUACCAGGGCGUGGCGAUGGAUACACACAUAUACCAGGUGUUUUCCAACGCGGAUGUGCAAAUGUCUUGGCAGAGCCAUAUCAAUACUGCAUGCGCUACUCAAUCUACUCUUUCCGGUUUCGACCUUUGGCUUAUGGUCGGUGAAUGGUCACCCGCCAUUACCGACUGCGCCACCUACCUCAACGGCAGGGGCGCCGGGGCCCGUUACGAUGGUUCUUAUCCCGGUUCCACUUACGUCGGAAGUUGCACAGGGCUUUCCGGAAGUGCGUCUACUUUCAGCUCGAGCUAUAAGACUUUCCUUCGUCAGUUCUGGGAAGCGCAGGUUAUCUCCUACGAGAAGUCGAACGGGUGGUUGAUGUGGACUUGGAAGACAGAGAGUGCAGACGAAUGGUCGUACUUGGCUGGAUUGCAGAACGGCUGGAUACCCUGGUCUCCUACUGACCUCCAAUACCCCACUAUUUGCGGGUAGACGCAUAUUAGUAGAAUUCUCAAUCGCUCUUUUUACAUUUUGUAUUUGCUAUCAUCCUGCAUGUUGCUCAACCGUCGUGUGUAUAUUUUUUGAAGAUCGUG